AGAGGCGAAUGCGGCAACAAACGCGUUAGAAGUUGAAGAUGGAGUGUCGUUUGUCGUUCGUAAAAGCAAGUUAACAGGAAUUUCACUGCAUUUCUACAUGCACGGAAUGCAGUUGUGGUUGAAGAGGCAUUGGCUGGCAAUAUGGAUUAUUGAGUCACCCCCUCAUGCAAAACAAGCUGAUGGGCUGUCAUGUGGAGUGUAUGUGUUGAUGCUGGCAGAAUGCUUCCUUAAUGGACAGAGUUUGCAGUUCAGUAUGAAGAAAGACGAACUGGUAGGUGUGCGAAAAACCAUUGCUGCCCAUCUGCUCCAUAAUGCAGUGAUGAUAGGACCAACUGUUGAAGAUGGCAUACCAGCUGUUGAGGAAGCUGCUCAGUCCCAAAGCCAACCUAUAGAAGAAGCUGCCAUAUCAGCUGUUGAAGAAGCUGUUGAUUCAAAAAGCCAACCUCCUGUUGACAAAGCCACCAUUCCUGCUGAUCAGCUCGCAAGCCAACCUCCUGUAGAGAAAGCUCGCAAGACAAAAAGGAAGGACAAGGUAGGUUUGAAUAAGGAUAACAUAAAUAAGACGUUUGUUUAA